GUAUGAUCUUGGGUGUGGGAUUUGUUUUAUGUUUGCUAAUAUACAAUUAUUCAUAAUAUGUAUUUAUUUCUUCAUCGAUUUUGCUUUGCAUGUUUUCUUAAUACAAAUACAGAUGCCACUUAAAGAAAGUCAAAGCACGUGUUACCCAUAGCAUCUGCGACUCCUCGAAGCUCUAGCAAUGGAGCCCAUCUCCUUGUCAACAAGGAGAGCACUCUAAUCAAUUACACAUUCCUAUUUCGACACCUUCUAUAGCUCAAUUAGGUAUAAAUAUGACUACUCAAUCUAGUGUAGAUCCUACUGAUUUUGUGGAUACUGCUGAGCAAGGGUCGUCCAAUGGUAUGUAUUUAAUGAUUUUUAAGGUAAUGUGGAUUGACUCUUCAUAUUCAACAAUAUUAAUUAUCUUUAAAUAUCUUUUAGGUUCUCUUCAUAAAAAAAGCGAGGAAUUAGUCGUGGUUUGGCAUCUCAGAAAAUAAUGGAUGCUAGUAAGAAAAAAUUAGUUGUACAAGCCAGGGAAGGAGAUAUGCAUAUUUCGGGAAAAUUUGAUGUUGAUUUAAAUGAUCAACAGAUGGUUGAAAUUGUUGAAAGACAUUGUUGUGAGAGAUACAAAGAACACAGAAGUGCAUGUAAUAAAAAAUAUAAACAAUUAAAAUUGGAUGAAAAAGAUCCACUACAAUGUAGGCCAUCAACUGUUAAAUCACAAGAGGACUGGGAAUGGAUGUGUGCACAUUUUGAAAGUGAUAAGCUUUUGAAACGAUCUGCAACUGGGAAACUCAAUCAUUCGAAGCUUCUUUAUAGUCACCAUGGAGGGACUAGAUCAUUUACCGCAACUAGGGAAGCACUGUCUACAAAUGAAGAAUUAAUUGGACAUAUUGAGUUGUUUAGGAGGAUGCAUUCCACAUCAAAAGGAUUUGGGAUAACCAACUAGCCGAGUCUCGAUAUGUAAGAUAUAUCAUUUAUUACACAAAGAUCUUAACAUUAAUAUUAUUUAUUUUAACAUUUUUCUAUUGUAUGACAGAAAGAAAUGGUGGAGUUACAACAAUCACAAGCAGAGAUUGAAGAUUAAGCAUCUAUAAUGGAUGAAGCAGAAAUAUGUGCUCGAGUUCUUGGUAAGAGUGUUGGGACUAUUUCUGGAAUUGGACCCGCUCUACGCAAAUCAUACAGCAACACAGUUACGGCUCCCCCUAAAUUGAUGCAACAGUUGGAAAUUCUUACAAAACAAGACAAAGAGAAGGAUAAAACUAUUAGUGAGCUUACACAGUCUCAAACAACAAGCGUUACUUAUCCAGAGCCUUGUUAUAAGAAUGGAUAUGAGUCAGCAUCGUCCAACAGAACCAACUAAUAAUCCAUCUCCAUCAUCUCCACCAGCACUAUCAGUGUACAGUACUAUGAUUACAUUAUUGAAGUUACAAUUUAUCUUUUCGUGGUUAGAUAUUAGACAUUUAUGAUUAUGCAUUGACUAUUACUAGUUAUCUACGAAAUACAAUUUUCUUUUGUAGCAACAUAUUUUUUGUUAAAUUUAAUAUUCUAUAGCUUUUGAUA